GGAGCUGUGGACGAACAUGACUCCUGUCGAUGUUGUUGCGGAUGUGAUCCUUCACAAAUUGAGCAACGCACCGGAAUCGCUCAUCCACACCAUUAACCAGGAAGUAUCCUUUGAUGGGUGGUACGAGGUCAUGAAGGCCGCCGGCUACUACUUGAAACCCGUCGACGCCGAGACCUGGAUGUCCAAGUUCGAAGACGACAUCGAGAAGCAAGGUCUCGGCCACCCUCUCUUUCCCCUCUUGGAGCGGAUCCGUGAUGGUGGACUUGCUCAAUUCGCACGUCGUGGAGCGAAGAGGGAGAGUUGGGAGGAGCUUGGGUAUGGUCCUGCGGAGAACACGAGGAAGAGUUUGAUGUAUUUGAUCAGUGUUGGGUUCUUGGGUAAGCCUGCUGGUGCGGGCAACCUUGAUUUGGGCAGGAUUGAUGUUUUGGGGACGAAGGGAUUUGGGAGGACGGGACGUGCUACGCAGGCGGCGUAAGUGUAGAAUUUUAUCUCGUUGUCUGGUUUUAGAUUCUGUGAAGUGUUUUCGUGUUGUCUGGUUAUCUGCUGUCCGCGAUGCUAUGGAAGUCUUUGGGGAUC